AGAGGGGCGGGGCUGGUAACUCUGAGCGCGAGAAAGGGAGUGAGGCGGCUGCCGGCUGUUCUAGAAGACGGCAAUUGGGCGACGAGGCGAGUGUCGUAAUAGCUACGCGCUCAAGGCGAGUGACGGAGGCCGCCUUGUCUGCGUAUCGGGAGCUGGUUGUUGCUGCGGCCGCCUGGAAUUGUGGGGGUUGUGUCUGCCCCUCGGCUGCCAGGCGGGAAGCCGAAGCCAGAGGAGGCAUAGUCCAAAUUUACCAGCCAUGGGAACGUUUGUGCGCCCACUUACAUUUCAGUCUCGGGUUGGAGGUGAGGCUGACUUGCAUUCCUGUGUGUUCUGCUGGCAUGAGGCCUCUAACCUUGCCUGGCCAGGGCGCGCAAAUGUUUAGGAUGGCUACCCUGGGCAUGCUGCUCGGCAUGUUGAUGGCGUCCUGCUUCACCUUCUGCCUCAGUCAUCAGAACUCGGAAUUUGCACUGACCAACCCAGAGAAGAGCAGCACCGAAGAAAGAGAGAGAAAGGAAACUACAGCAGAGGAGGAGCUGGACCCCAGGGUCCUGGAGGUGUUUCAUCCGACCCAUGAGUGGCAGGCCCUUCGGCCAGGUACCAAGUUCAUCCCUGUCCCCAGGAAACACACUGAGUUCAAACUGUGUGGGUCCCUGUCCCCACAGGGAUUCUUUGAAGAAGUAGCCACUCUCUGGCCUGCUGUAGGGGAACAGUGUGCUCCAUCAGAGCAGUGGCUUCUGCUGCAAGGCUUAGAGGCCUUCAUUUUCCAGCAGAACAGAGAUUAUGGCAUCUGAGCACCCUGGAAGGAAGGCAGGUGGUGGGUGGCCAAGCUUUCUGAGCAAGUGAUUGAAAACUUUCUUUCCUUGCACUUCUGAAACACGGG